GCAUUGUUGCGUUAUAACAUGCUGCUCGAAAGUGGUGAUCUCAUUUGUACUCCCCGUGUAGCAAAUAGUGAGUUGGAGAAAGCGGACGAUGUAGCGCAGCAAUAUAUAAACUGUACAAAUAUCUCAUUUGCAUCAGCUAAAACGUCAGCCUCGAAGGCUAAAACCUCCCUAACACCUAUUAUCGACGAGAAACGAGCAGCGGAGAGAAAGAAACUUGAAUCAAAAAUUGCGGCGGGAAAACUCAAUGAAAACUAUGUCUCUAUAAACCUGCAAAAAAAGAUAUUUGCACGUGGAAAACGUCAUAUGAACUAUUCUAAGUACAAGAAAAAACAGUGGCGUCACAAAAAGAAAAUUGCUGCUCUUGCCGGCCCAGACAUGGACAUGGGCGGCUGCGACGGAGGUGUUCUAACGUGCUUCAAUUGCGGGAAAGUGGGUCAUUUUGCCUCUCAAUGUAAGAUCAAGGGAGACUCCUUGCUGCCGCUGUCGGCACAGCUCAAAGAGGAUCCCUCGCCAUUUCCAACACUUGAAGAAGCCGAGCGUAUGGCAGCUCAUAAUAAGGUUGUGGUGCACAGCAGAAAUAUAUCGAAAUUGCCAGCUGCACCAAAUACUGCGUUAUAUCAGAACAGUGAAGAUGGUUGCCUAAGAGAAAAGCAAGAAAAUACAGAUGAGCAGGAUGUAGAAGUAGAUGAGGAGACCACGGGCGGUAACCGAAGUAAUGGUAACUCUGUUGAUGACUAUGAAAGCGAGAAUAGUAUGGGUUUUGAAAGCGAUGAAGAGCUUGAAAAUAUAAACCUAGAACAAUUAUCCACUCCGACUACUCAAGUUUCACCCAUUAAAAAAUAUGUAGGUCACCAAAUUCCAGAAGAUUUUCUUAAAGAAGCCGGUUUACAUUCGAAAAGUACGAAUGAAAAAAUACCAGGUACACAGUUUGGCGAUAUCAGUCCUCUUUAUGAACUCGAUUCCGAAGGAAAUGUACGUACCGACGUUCCCUCCGAAGUAACAGAUGCAUUGCGUAUGUUCGGUCAUACCAAUUUUCGAAAAGGUCAAGACCGUGCAAUUAUGCGUAUACUAUCUGGUCUUUCAACGUUAGUUACUCUAAGCACCGGCAGCGGAAAGUCGUUAUGUUAUCAGUUGCCCGCUUAUUUGUAUAGCCAUCGCAGACGGGCAAUAACAUUAGUUAUAUCACCGCUCGUGUCCCUUAUGGAAGAUCAGGUGACCGGUGUGCCACAUUUUUUGCGAGCACAUUGCCUACACACAAAUCAAACACCCCAACAGAAACUUAAGGUAAUGGAGAAAAUAUCUGCUGGUGAAGUGGAUAUUUUGUUAGUGUCACCGGAAGCAGUAGUGGCUGGCGAACGUUCCACUGGUUUUGGCGCAAUUCUGCGGCAACUACCACCAAUUGCCUUUGCCUGCAUCGACGAGGCGCACUGUGUAUCGCAAUGGAGUCACAAUUUUCGCCCUAGCUAUCUGAUGAUUUGCAAAGUUCUAAGACAGAACUUGGGUAUUCGCACAGUGUUGGGCCUAACUGCAACAGCAACGUUACCAACACGGCUAAGCAUUAUUAGUCAUUUAGGCAUAACGGAUGGCGUACGUGGUGUCAUAAGUGACACUCCACUGCCAGAUAAUCUUCUGUUGUCCGUAUCAAAGGACGAAAAUAAAGAUGCUGCGUUAUUGGCCCUACUUACAAGUGAUCGGUAA